CAACAAGUCUAUAAGUUAUGAAUAAACAUUCUCUCAGGGGUGGUCCAGGCGUCACUUUGAUCCUUACCCUCAACAAAAGCUUCCCAAUUUUCCAGCGAUGCUUAUGCUAAAAUCCUGACCUCUUCUACCCUACUCCUUUCUUUUCUCCUUUUGCUUGUUCCACCAUUAUCACUACUUUAAUUAGCUCAUACCCCAAGUUCUCAUCAUACCCACUACUGAAAUACAAUCCUGUUAUAAUUGAAUUGGCUCUUCCAUCUGUAUGGAGGCUCCUCCAAACAGUCUAAACCUUCCAAUGGAAGUUUCCCAGAGGCAGAGAUUAUCCCAUAGUGGUAACAAUAAACUGUGUACAUAUCAAAUGACAGCAAACAGAUGGUCUGGGAAGAGAAACUGUCCUAAUGAGCUCCCAAUGAAGAAACUUACCAAUGAGGAAACAUGCAGAAGACCAAACAAAGGGCCGAAUGCGCCUAGCGUAAUAGCCCGCUUGAUGGGAGUGGAUAUGUUACCUGUAUUAGAUUCAAAGCCAAUUGCAAGACAGAAAAAUAUAGAAGCAAAAAUGAGCAGCCCUUCAAAAGAGGAAGAGGUGAGAGAUAUCCCUGUUGAUCCCUCCACUCUUAUCACGACACGUUCUUGCAGAUUCAGUUCAUUUCAUUAUUAUGAUGAGUGUUGUGAUCCCAGCAUGGAGUUGGUGAAGCCAAAACCUCGUCGAGAGCAUCCUCAGGAAGAAGAAUUACAGAAGUUUAAGAAAGAAUUUGAGGCGUGGCAGGCUAAGAAAACUGACACAUUAUACCUCAAAAGUACUAGUUCAAAAAAGCAGUUCAAGGAGACUGUGCUAACUGAUAAUUCCAAGAAACAUGAGACGUCCCCCGUGAAUAUUGUGGUUUUAAGGCCUUGUUUUGAUGACAACGAAACCAUUUAUGGAUCCCGAGAAAGCUCUCCAAGCAUUUCGGAGGAAAGAGGUAAUAGCAUGGACGAUUUUCUUGAAGAGGUGAAUGCAAGAUUGAGGAAUGAAACAUCUCCUUAUAAUCAUGACCAUGACAAACUGGAGUCAGAAGUCCCCACUAGGAGCCUCAUUCGCUCUUUGUCCACUCCCAUAUCAAGAACGUCAUUCGGAUGCCUCCUCUUGGAAGAAAGAGGGGACCUAAACGGCAUUAAAAAGAUUUCUUUGAGUGCUGAUCACAACAAGAGAAAACAAAAGUUCAGUCUUAUGGAAAAGGUUUCGAGCUUCAAAACGAAACUUUUUAGUAAGAAACUUCAAAACGAAUCACACGGGACUAAGUAUAUUCGCAACGCAUCAGACACAUCGCCCUCUUAUGACAUGAAUGAAGAUUACACAGAAGUUCCACCAAGUCCUGCAUCUGUAUGCAACAGUUUUGGUGAAGAAUUUUGGAGGCCAGGAGAUUGUUCCAGGACUUCCAGUCCAGCUUCCACCCCAGAUUUACAUCCACUGGUUGAGACUGACAUUCCUCGUGUGUUUAGAGAAAUCAACUCUAAUCUAACCGAGUUGAGGAGGCAAUUGAAUGAGUUGGAGACGGGGGAGAACGUGAUUGAUCAGCAGCCUACUCUUGAGGAAGAAAUGGUGGAGAUUCAUGACACUGCCAAAGCUUAUUUAAGGGACCUGCUUAUUGCUUCUGGUCUCUAUGAUGGGGAUAAAUAUCCAUGGAGAUGGGACACGUUUGGAAAGCCCAUAAGCAAUCACAUUUUUGAAGGGGUUGAAGAAUCUUAUGGGAAAAAGGCCGAGGGAAGCGAAGGGGAGAGGCUGAAUCACAAGAUGCUUUGUGAUUUAUUCAAUGAAACAGUUCUAAACCUGCUUCGGGCACCUUCGAAAGAGGCUAUUUGUCCAGUGACCUAUCCUCCCCAGGGAAGGAAGUUACUGGAUUGUGUUUGGGAAAUGACUCAAACUCACAUUUACCCCGGGGAAGAUCUGUCUUAUUGUUCCAUUCAGGAUAUAGUGUCAUACAGCUUAAGGUCCACCCCAUGGUCGAGUGACGAAGAUGCGAAUGCUAUAGGCAAAGAUGUUGAGUGCCAUAUAACUAGAGACCUGAUUCAAGAGAUUAUAGAAGAUAUGCAACCAUUGUCUUGAAAGGAAAAACUGGUUUGAGUUAGGAGCGUUUUGAGUAAGGCUAUGUUUGGAAAGUCCUCAUCAGCUUAUUCUUCUUAGUCUUCAUGUUAUUCAGCAGAAGAAGCAGAAUGUAUAGUCAGAACAAGUAAAACCACUCACUUAUUCGGCAACCAAGCAUUUUUUCUUUCUUGCCAAACGGACCCUAAGUUUGGAAGUGGUGAUUUGCCUCAAGCAUGGAUUACAAGUGGACUGCAGGGGCACAAGGUUCUACAUGAUAAAACCAUAGGUUUUUUCUUUCUAAAUUUUUGUUUCCAAUUAUAUUUGGUGUGGCAUCAUCAUUGUAUAUGUGCUGACUCUAUUAAUUGAUUCAGUUUGAGAAUAUGUAAAUCCUAUCUUUAGUUUAGCAGUUUAGGUUGGUUCAUAACUUACAUUGUUCUAGGGGAGACUCAUUCCCUUAAAUGCAUUACACAAUCUAAUAACAAUAUGUGAUUUUUAUAACUAUAAC